AUGGACAUGCUCCGAAAAUCCUUCAAAUACAGCCCUACCAGUGACACUUCUGCUAAUAAAUCCCAUCAUAAUCUACCUGGUGAAGACGAGCGAUUAGGCCUUUUAGUUAGCCAAACCAAUCAAGAAAAUCUCAAAUUUUCCGGUAACGGUAAGCCCAACGGCAUGGCGGAAUCAGCCGGUGCUCCGGUGGGUGGCGAUUCAUCUGGUCCGAGCGAUGUUAUCAUUAAGAUCAACCCCACCCGAGUGGAAAAAGAAACUGAACUUUCUACUUCUUCUUCUUCAUCUUCUCCUUCUCCUGAAAACCAAGCCCAGUUGGCCAAAAAUGGAAAUGCUGGUAAAAAUAGCAUGUGGAGGGACUCAAGUUACGAUUUUUCCAACGAUGCCGCAAUGAGGGCCAUUGCCAAUAACAAUAAAGACUUCGACUUUGGGACGGAAUCGCCGCCGUUAUCGAGGAUAGCGGAGAGUUCUCCUACUAAUUACGGACAAGUAACUCCGAGGGAUGUUCGGGUUUCGUUCAACGAGAACAAUGCGCCGGAAAAUGUCCGCCGCCGGUCUAAUGCAAGCGGCGGCGUUAGGAAUGGUGAACCGGAGGAGGUUUUGGUUUGCAGUGGGAACGCAUCUUUCAAGAGAAAAUCGAGUCUUUUGAGGACGAAGACAAAGUCGAGGUUGCAGGACCCGCCGGAGCAAGAUCAGCGGUCCGGGAGGAUGGGGAUGAAAUCUGGGGCAUUGGGGAAGGCUAGUGAAAUAGACGAAGAUGACCCUUUUUUGGAGGACGAUUUACCGGAAGAAUACAAGAAGAUGACAUUUAGUCCUCUCACUGUACUUCAGCUGGUGAGUCUGAUUUUGAUUUUAGCAGCUUUAGUCUGUAGCCUUACUAUUCGAGUACUGAAGAGAAUUACGGUCUUUGACCUGGAAUUGUGGAGAUGGGAAUUAUUGGUUUUGGUUUUAAUCUGUGGGAGGUUGGUUUCGGGGUGGGGCAUUAGGGUGGUGGUGUUCUUUAUAGAGAGGAAUUUCCUGUUAAGGAAAAGGGUGUUGUAUUUUGUGUAUGGAUUGAGGAAUGCCGUACAGAAUUGUGUCUGGUUGGCUCUGGUUUUGAUUGCUUGGCAAUUUAUUUUUGACAAGAAGGUUGAGAGGAUGACCAAAGGGAGGAUCUUGCCAUAUGUGACUAGGAUUUGGGUGUGUCUUUUGGUUGGCACAUUGAUUUGGCUUGUCAAGACAUUGCUUGUUAAGGUUCUGGCUUCUUCGUUUCAUGUUAGUACCUUUUUCGAUCGGAUUCAGGAGUCUCUGUUUAAUCAGUAUGUCAUUGAGACAUUGUCUGGCCCUCCAUUGGUUGAGAUUCAAAUGGAGCAAGAAGAGGAGGAAAGGGUCAUUGCUGAAGUACAGAAUCUUCAAAAUGCUGGUGCUAAAUUACCUGCUGAUUUGAAGGCAAAUGUGUUGAAGAGUGGGAGAGUAAUUGGGACUCCACGAAAAAGUCCUAGAUCAGCCACCGCAAUGUCUGCUGCAGGAAGAAGUCCCACAUUCUCGACUGCUUCUGCCAUGCUGAUGAAUAAUAAGAAGGAAGAGGAAAAGGGUAUACCGAUUGACCAUUUGCACCGGCUGAAUCAGCAAAACAUUUCGGCUUGGAAUAUGAAGAGGUUGAUGAAUAUUGUGCGUAAAGGUGUACUAUCGACUUUAGAUGAGAAAUUGCACGACUCAACAGCUGGAGAAGAUGAGUCUGCUGUGCAGAUCACUAGUGAAAACCAGGCCAAAAUUGCUGCCAAAAAGAUCUUCUGCAAUGUUGCAAAGCGCGGCUCCAAAUAUAUCUACCUAGAGGAUUUGAUGCGUUUUAUGAGAGAGGACGAGGCUCUGAAGACAAUACGCCUUUUUGAAGGUGCCAAUGAAGGCAAAGGGAUCAGCAAGCGUGCCCUUAAGAAUUGGGUGGUUAAUGCAUUUCGUGAAAGGAGAGCCCUUGCUUUAUCUUUGAACGACACCAAAACUGCUGUGAACAAGCUUCACCAAAUGUUGAAUGUACUUGUGGGGAUACUCGUCGUGGUCAUCUGGCUCCUCAUACUCAAAGUUGCAUCUACACAUUUUUUUAUCUUCUUAAGUUCUCAGGUCCUUUUGGUGGUUUUCAUGUUUGGUAAUACAGUCAAGACAACAUUUGAGGCGAUCAUCUUCUUAUUUGUGAUGCACCCCUUUGAUGUGGGUGACCGUGUCGAAGUUGAGGGAGUUCAGAUGAUAGUCGAAGAGAUGAAUAUCCUAACUACAGUUUUCCUGAGGUUCGAUAACCAAAAGAUCAUAUAUCCAAACAGUGUGCUGUCAACAAAGCCCAUCAGUAACUACUACCGUAGUCCAGAUAUGGGAGAUGCAAUUGACUUUUGCAUCCACAUUUCGACUCCAAUGGAAAAGAUUGCUUUAAUGAAGGAAAGAAUAACAAGGUACAUUGAGAACAAAAGCGAACACUGGUACCCAGCUCCAAUGAUAGUGAUGCGAGAUGUGGAAGAUUUGAACAGGCUGAAAUGGUCAAUAUGGCUAUCACACACGAUGAAUCACCAAGACAUGGGUGAAAGAUGGGCAAGAAGAGCUCUUCUAGUUGAGGAGAUGAUCAGAGUCUUCAAGGACCUCGACAUUGAAUACAGGAUGCUGCCACUUGAUGUGAAUGUACGCAACAUGCCACAUUCUAAUUCAAGCAGAGUUCCUUCAAAUUGGUCAGUGUUUUCUGGCUGA